AACUCGUAUUUACGGUAAAUCGGACAUGAUGACAUCAGACUGCCGACCUGGGUGUUUUCCGCAUUCCCCAACCGCCCGCGAGCGUCAGGGCCGAGCAGAGCGCUCAGAGUAGCACGCGCGCACAUCCUGGGACAUUUCUCCGGAGCAGGAGCAGCAACACAUCCAUGGGAUAGACGGCGGUUCACGGGAGCAUCCGAACCGGAAUCCGAGCAGCAGCGCUGGGUGUAGGUCUGGUGUGUGCAGAGUGCAGAGAGGAUCAUGAACCGCUGGACGUCGGCUGUUCAGUAGCAGGGAGUGGACUCAUAAACCAACAUGGCCGUCUUCAAGCCCGAGAACGUGGAAGACUUCUAUGAGAUCGGGGACGUCCUGGGCAGUGGGCACUUUGGUCAGGUUCGGCGGGUCUGUGAGCGAGCGUCCGGGACGUGUUGGGCGGCCAAGUUCCUGAAGAUCCGGAAGAGCGCGUGCAGCCGCCUGGGGCUGGAGCGGAGCGGCGUGGAGCAGGAGGUGGAGAUCCUGCAGGCCAUACAGCACCCGAACAUCGUCACCCUCAAAGACGUUUUUGAGAGCCGAGCUGAAGUGGUGCUGAUCCUGGAGCUCGUCAGCGGAGGCGAGCUGUUUGACUUCAUCGCUGAGAAGGAGAACCUGUUGGAGAGUGAGGCCAUUGAGUUCAUGAAGCAGAUCCUGGAGGGGCUGGGAUUCAUGCACAGCAAGAACAUCGCCCACUUUGACCUCAAGCCAGAGAACAUCAUGCUGUCAGACAAGGUGUCUCCACACCCCGACAUCAAGCUCAUCGACUUUGGCCUCGCCCACCGGUUCCACCAGGGGGAGGAGUACAGGAGCACCAGCGGCACGCCCCAGUACAUCGCCCCUGAGGUGAUCAACAAUGAGGCUCUGAGCACAGCAGCAGAUAUGUGGAGCAUCGGAGUCAUUACAUACAUACUACUGAGCGGUCUGUCACCGUUCCAAGAUGAGACUGAUGAAGAGACCCUGAAGAACAUCAUCGCCUUGAACUAUGAGUUUGAUGCUCAGAGUUUCAGCAUGACCAGCUCCAUGGCCAAAGACUUCAUCCAGAAACUCCUGCUGCAGAGCCCCAGUGAGAGAAUGACAGCUGAGGAGUGUCUGCUUCACCCAUGGAUUAAGCCAAUCACACGCAAACAGGCGGCCAAUAGGAAUAGAUCCUCAAUCAAUAUGAAGAACUUUAAGAAGUUCAACGCCAGGAGGAAAUGGAAGAUGUCCUUUAACAUGGUGUUAAUGUGUAACCGGCUGGUCCAGUUGAGGCUGCCGUGUAAGGGAAGCUCAGAUCCAGAUCCACUACAGAGACAAUGUGAAAGUGACGUCGAGGAUACAGAGAGCAAACCUGCCUCUCUGCUGCGCCGAAGACUCAUCAGCAGUUCAUAGAGCUGACCGGGGGGGGGGCAGCUGGGUCCAGGUCCAGGUCCUGGAGGGUCGGAUCACUGAGGGGACAUGUUCCACUGUUCAAGUGAGAUGGAUGACGAAGUGUUACACACUGUCGCAGAAGUGCCUGGGACGUCUGAUGGACUUCUCUUCAUGACGAAAUAAACUCACUGAAGACACGUGGCUUUCAUGGUUCUGGUUCGUGUUCUGGUUCUGAGGGUCAGACUGGAUCUGGAUCUGAUUUGAUAACACAAUGAGCACAGCUUUGUGGAACUGUAUUUACAGAAAAUGUGAAGCUAAAUUUAUGUCCAAGUCUUCCAUGACAUUUACACUGAUGCCAAUGUUUUAGAGACGUACACACACACACAUAUAAAUAUAUAUAUACAGUAUAUAUUUAUAAAUAUAAAUAUAUAUGUGUGUGUAUUCUUGUUUUAAUGUUUUCCUGUGAAGCCUGAAACACACAAACGCAUGAAGUUCAGCUAAUAAGAAAACGAUGGUUUGUUAAUACCGACAUUUUGUUUCCUGUCAGUUGUGAUCAUGAAGUGAAUACAGCUGAGAUCUGGGAGCAGUGACAUCACCGCAAACAGGUCAGACAGCUGAUGAAGCAUGAGACACCCCCCACCCCCCCCCACUUCAACUUUGACCCCUGUAAUUAUCCCAGCUGUGAGCACCCUCAGUUCUCCUGGUAGAUUGUUAUUGGUGGUUACUGUGGUCACACCCCAUUGGACGUAUUUUUAGUGACAUCACAUCAUGAAUUCCUGAGGUGAACACAGUGUUAUCGUACCUGAGCUGGAAUAAACCUCAGGCCCCUUUAAAACGAUGACUUCACCACAAAAUGAAAAGUUUCAGCUUUGGGUGGGUGUGGUUACAAGACACCUUUGCUCCACCUGUAACCGUCCCAAGCAGUGAUGUCACGGCGUACUCACACAGUCUCAGGUGCACUUCACUCACAAAUAUCCUGAACAUUUUUGAUCUUCAUAAAACAAUCUCAUGUAGUCUGUUUUUUUUUUUGUUGUUGUUUUUUUUAAAUGAUUGGUUGUAUCUUUGCUCGUUACCUGCACGCUUGGUUGCCAUGGAAACGUAGAAACGCUCCCCUGGCUUCUCAUCCGUGUUGACUGAAGAGUUCCUCAUGAGGACAUCUAACAUGAUGUUUUGUUCAGCUGCUGUUUCCAAGCAACCUCACAUCCACUGAUGUUCAAACAUCAGCACAGAGCUGGGAGGGAAUCUGGGGGUCGGGGGGGAGUUUUGUGUGUUUUGGGGGUUUUUAUGGGUUUUGUGGACGUGAUGCCAGUGAGUGUUUGAAUCAGUGCUGUACAUAUUAUGUCUUUUGUACUGUCAUGUGCUGUAUACAUUUAAAAUGGUACAUUCAUGCAUGUCAUAAACAACCUCACUACCUA